ACUUCAUUUUUAUAUUCAGUUCAUACAAGUACCUUUCAAUUUGUUGAUUGUUUCCUUGUAUUGCCUGUUAUUUGGUUGUGGGUUUUUUUAAUAAUUAGUAUAUGGUCAACUUUCAUGAUGAAAUUGUCAUGAUUUCUGUUAGUGGUUUUUAUACAAAUUCAAAGACUUCAAUUUUUUAUUAGCAAUUUCAUAGUGAUUAGGCAGGUAGGUCCCUUUAAUUCUAUUUUUUGGGAUUAUUAUUAUCAGUCAAAGUUAUAAAGAUAUUCUGAUUAAUACCAGUCUAACUUGCUUUUUGAUUGAAGCUUUGUGUUCAAGUUUCAUGGGGUUUCCUUGAAAUUUGCUCCAAAGUUGGUCAACAUAGUUCCCUUCUUUUUAAGGGUGAUAUAUAACUUUUGUUUUUGGGAUUGUUAGAUUGUUGGGUAUUUGUUAUCUUUUGAUUAUAUUUUUUGUUUGUGAAUUUUUGUAUAUUUGGGCUUUUGGAUUUGGUUGUAUAAGUUUUGAAUCCAAUAUGGAUGCAAAAACAAGCGAGGAAUCGAAUUAUCUCAUCAGAGCUAAACAAUCAGACAAUGAAAAUGGAGAUUUGAUGUCGAAAUUGAAGGGUAAAGGGAGUCUUAGUAGCAAGGAGGUGUUUUAUAGAGCUGAUAAAAUUGAUCUAAAAAGCCUUGAUUUACAGCUGGAGAAAGAGCUGAAUAAGGUUUGGAGCAAGAGAUUGGAUACAAACAGGCCAAAGGAAGAGUGGGAGAUCGAUUUUUCGAAGCUAGAGUUGAAGCAUCUUGUUGCUCAUGGAACUUAUGGCUCUGUAUAUCGAGGAACGUAUGACAACCAAGAUGUUGCAGUGAAGCUCUUGGACUGGGGAGAGGAUGGUAUGGCCACUGCUGCAGACUCUGCUUCAUUACGAGCAGCAUUUCAGCAAGAAGUUGUUGUUUGGCAAAAACUUCAUCAUCCAAAUGUUACCAAAUUUGUUGGGGCUUCUAUGGGAACAUCAAAUCUCAAAUUACCUGAAAAGAAUUCUUCUCAAAAAGCUCCUCGCUCUCUUUCAUCGAGAGUAUGCUGUGUUGUUGUUGAGUAUAUUCCUGGAGGGACUCUCAAGCAAUUUUUAAUAAGGAAUAGGAGGAAAAAACUUGCUUUUAAGGUUGUGAUUCAGCUUGCUUUAGAUCUUGCUAGAGGGCUUAGCUACCUGCAUUCAAAGAAGAUUGUCCAUCGUGAUGUCAAAACUGAAAAUAUGCUACUAGACUAUGAAAAGACAGUAAAAAUUGCUGACUUUGGUGUUGCUCGUGUGGAAGCUCAGAAUCCAAGUGACAUGACUGGUGCUACUGGUACUUAUGGUUACAUGGCUCCUGAGGUACUUGAUGGACAACCGUAUGAUCAUAAGUGUGAUGUCUACAGCUACGGCAUUUGCAUUUGGGAGAUUUACUGUUGUGCAAUGCCAUAUGCCGAGCUUAGUUUUAGUGAAGUUUCGUCAGCUAUUGUUGCACGGAAUUUACGACCCCAAAUUCCCAGAUGUUGCCCCAACUCCUUAGCAAACAUAAUGAAAAGAUGUUGGGAUGCAAUCCCCGAGCAACGUCCUGAGAUGGAUGAGGUGGUAAGGAUGCUUGAAGCAGUAGACACUAGCAAAGGUGGAGGGAUGAUACCAGAAGGCGAAACUCCUGGUUGUUUAUGCUUUGGCCGUGCUCGUGGUCCAUAAUUUUUUUUUACUCAGUUCCACAACUUUGUUUUUGGUUACAUUAAAUCUUUGUGCAGAGGCCUCUCACUCGUGAGAACCACAACUCGUUUUCAUGGUACAUAAAUUGAUGCUAGGUUGUUGAUUGAACAUGUGUGCUUUCUUUUAGUCUCUUUCAGCAUUUGUAGGAAAUUUUUUGGGCUGGAGAAGUAAAUAUCAUUCGUAAAACAGAUUGAUUGUACUUACAUACAGGCUUAUGUUGUUCUGCUCUUGUAUAAUUUACACAUUUUAUAAUCAAUACAUAUACAUGUAAAAAUUUUAUGGGAAAAAAAUUAAUAAUAAUACAUUAUACAUUUACAUGUAAAA